UUUCAACUACUAAAUUUCAUCACUCUCUCUACUAACACACUAUUGAAACAGAGAAAGAGAGUGGCACGUCCGCCAGUGUUGACAAAAAAGAAUUUAACCACUUUGACUCGUUUGACCUCAAAACGUCCUUCGUGAAAUCGAACAGAGCAGAAAGUCACGGCGAGGCAGUGAGCAACCCUCAACAGAGAUCUUGAACAAAAUUAUUGCAGUUUCUCGAACAUUGUUUACCAUCAAUAAGCAACAUGACCACUCACUGGAACUACCCCGAACCAGCUCUUCAAGAUGAGCUCAGGAAAAUCGCCAACGCCAUCGUAGCAAAUGGAAAGGGUAUCCUUGCUGCCGAUGAGUCCGUUUCCACCAUGGGCAAACGCCUUGCCGACAUCGGAUUGGAAAAUACAGAAGAAAAUCGUCGUAAAUACAGACAACUUCUGUUCACAACAUGCCCAACAAUUGGAGACUAUAUCUCUGGAGUCAUCCUCUUCCACGAAACUCUAUACCAAAAGGCUGAUGAUGGUACUCCAUUCCCAGAACUCCUGAAACAAAGAGGCAUCAUUCCCGGAAUCAAAGUAGACACCGGUGUGGUUCCUCUUUUUGGCACCAACGAUGAGUGUACCACUCAAGGUCUGGAUGAUUUAGCCAAGCGAUGCGCUCAAUACAAAAAAGAUGGCUGUCACUUCGCCAAGUGGCGUUGUGUGUUGAAAAUCAACGAACACACUCCGUCCUUGACUGCUCUGAUUGAAAAUGCUAACGUAUUGGCCCGUUACGCUUCCAUCUGCCAAGCCAAUCGCAUCGUGCCAAUUGUUGAACCGGAAAUUUUACCCGAUGGCGCCCACAACCUUGAGCGCUGCCAGAAAGUUACAGAAACCGUUUUGGCUUUCGUAUACAAGGCUUUGGCUGAUCACAAUGUCUACUUGGAAGGAACUCUCUUGAAACCAAACAUGGUCACCGCUGGACAGUCCUCUCCUGUUAAAGCUUCCCCCGCUGAAGUGGCAAUCGCCACCGUGACUGCUUUGCAGCGAACCGUUCCUGCUGCAGUACCCGGAAUAACUUUCUUGUCUGGUGGACAGUCUGAGGAGGAAGCUAGCGUCAACCUGGAUGCCAUGAACAAAUACCAAGGAAAGAGACCUUGGGCUUUAACUUUCAGUUAUGGCCGUGCUCUCCAAGCAUCUGUACUUCGCGCAUGGGCAGGAAAAGAUGAAAACGUCAAAGCUGGCCAAGAUGAAUUGUUGAAACGUGCUAAGGCUAACAGUGAUGCAUCCAUGGGUAAAUACGUUGCCGGUAGUGUAGAAGGAAAAGCUGGAGAUACCGGUCUGUUUGUACAGAACCACGCUUAUUAGAAACCUACCCUAUAUAACUUAAGGGUCUCGUGCAAAUUUGUUGGUGUUUGUUAAGUCGGAAAAUCACUCAGGAAAUCGAAGAAACAAUAUUUAUUUUAUGGUUUUCACAGAAAUUUUAUUGAAUGCAGAAAAUAUAUUACUGUAUAUCUACCUUUUUGUUACUUCAUAUAUAUCUCUAGAAUGUUUGGCUUGUAUAUCAAGUUGUUGUGGAUGUUAGAACUGAAAAUUUACAAUAAAUGUAAAGACAUUGUU